AUGAUAAAACCAGUCAUUAGCUUAUUUAUUGAUAACUUUGAUUCUUAUUCAUACAAUAUUAUAUAUUUUUUGCAAAAAAUAAAUGGAAUAAAACCGAUUGUUAUAUAUCCAGAUGAAAUAAAUUAUGAUGAAUUUCUAGAAAAAUAUAACAACAAAAUUGAUAAUAUAAUAAUAUCACCUGGUUAUGGAAACCCAGAAGAAAAUAAAUAUAAUAAUUUAAUAAUUAACAUAUUAAAAAAUAAUUUAAAUAUUCCAAUAUUGGGAAUAUGUUAUGGGCAUCAAUUAAUAUGUAAUUUUUAUGGAGGAAAAAUAAAAAAAGUUAAAAAUAUGUUCCAUGGUAAUAUAAAUAUUAUACAUAUAAAUAAAGAUGAAAAUGGAAAAUAUUGUAAUUUAUUUAAUAAUAUAAAAAAUGAUUUUAAAGCAACUUGUUAUAAUUCAUUAAAAGUGAGCAAACAUAUUAAUACAUCAAUAUUGGAUAUAAUUUGUUAUUCUAUAUAUUUAAAUGAAUAUAUAUUAAUGGGAAUAAAACAUAAACAGCUUCCUUAUUAUUCUGUUCAAUAUCAUCCUGAAUCUGUAGUUAGCGAAUAUAGUUAUCAGUUUUUUGAGAAUUUUAAAAAUAUUACUAUAGAUUAUCAUAAAAAAAAUAAAACAAUUCGUUUCAGACAAUUAGAAAACGAUUUAUUUCAAACUUAUAUUAAAAAUAAACAAAUUUCUGAUAUUAAUAAUGUCAAAGAUAUAUCUUUUAAUAACUGUCUUAAUAAUGCAAGUGAAAAAAUGUAUGAAUUAAAAAUAGUCAAAGUUAUUGGAAUUGAAAAUCUUUGCAAUAUUUCUUAUGAUAUAUUUCAAAAUGUUUUUUACAAUAAAGAUGAUAUAUGUUUUUGGUUAGACAGCAAUAACGAAAUAUUAUAUGAACAAAAUCAAGGUGAAAAAAAUCAAGGCGAAAAAAAUCAAGGCGAAAAAAAUCAAGGCGAAAAAAAUCAAGGCGAAAAAAAUCAAGGCGAAAAAAAUCAAGGCGAAAAAAAUCAAGGCGAAAAAAAUCAAGGUGAAAAAAAUCAAGGUGAAAAAAAACAAGGUGAAAAAAAUGGCAUAUUUAAUGAUAUAGUCAAUAGUUCAAGGUUUUCUUACAUGGGGAAUGCUAGAGGAACACUCAGUGAUGUUGUUGAAUAUUAUUUUGUAACUCCGGGAAAUGAUGGUGAAAAAGGUGGCAAAAAUGAAUAUGGCGCUAUAAUAAAUUUAAAAAGAAAAGACAGAAACAAAACAACUAGCCAUUUUUCACACCAAACACAAAAUAAUAUAUCUGAAAAAAAUAAUUGCCUCAAUUUUGACGAGGAAAAUAAUACAUAUGAAUAUCAAGAAAUUAUAAAACCUAACAAUUGCUUAGUUAAAUAUUUAAAUAAAAAAUUGGAAAAAUAUAAAAAUAAUUUUAAUAUAAAUUUAUCUACAUUUGACAUAAAUGAAAAUAUCAAAAAUAAUGAUUCUAAUUAUUCUUAUUCUCCUUUUGAUAAAGAUGAUUUUAUUUUUAAUAACAAAGAUACAUGUUUGUUAGGAUAUAUUGGUCUUUUUAAUUACGAAUAUAAAUAUGAAACUAUAAAAUUUUUAUAUGGUAAAAAUUUCGAACAUGCAAAAAAUAAAGACAAUGAAUAUCUUCCAGUGUCUUUUUUUAUUUUCCCUCAAAAUUUUAUUGCACUAGAUUUGGUAACAAAUUGUUUAUAUUUGAUAUGCUUAGAACCGACAAAGGAGGAAAAAGAAGAAAAUGGCGAAAAGGACGAAAAGGACGAAAAGGACGAAAAGGGCGAAACGACGAAAGCGAGACCGUCGGACUGUUCCCAUGAAAUGGAAAAUGAAAGAAUCCCCAAAUUUGCAAAUAAAAUAAAUAAACCUUGUGAUAAAAUAUGUGCAUCCAUUAAAAAAGAAAAUGAACAGUGGGUCCAAGAAACGCUCAAUAAAAUUGUGAGCAUAGUGAAUAAGCGGUCUGAUCAGAUUGGCGAAAAAAAUGGCAACUUUGGGGACGAAAAAAAUGGCAACUUUGGGGACGAAAAAAAUGGCAACUUUGGAGACGAAAAAAAUAAAAUAGUAUUUUCCUCAUCUUUGAGCAAAGAUAAAUAUAUUGAAAAUGUUAAAAAGUGUAAAGAUAAAAUAACAAAUGGUUAUUCAUAUGAGCUUUGCUUAACAACAUCAUUUAAAGGAAAAUAUUACAUCUCUGAUAAAAAUUCUAUAGAUAUGCUUGAUUUAUAUAAAUAUUUGAGAAAAAUAAAUAAAGUAUCAUAUAGUUGUUUUAUUAAUUAUAAUAGAAAACUUAUUAUUAAUAAAAAUAAAUAUGAAAAUGGAAAAAAUAAAUAUUUUAGUGAAAAAUUAGAGUUUAAUAUAUUAUGUUUAAGUCCUGAAGAAUUCUUACGAAAAAAUAAAAACAAUAUUAUCAGAAGUAAGCCAAUUAAAGGUACAAUAAAAAGAGGAAAAACAUAUGAAGAAGAUCUAAAAUUAAUAAAAGAAUUAAAAAAUAAUAAAAAAGAAAUAUCAGAAAAUUUAAUGAUUGUAGAUUUAACAACUAAUGAUUUUCAUAGAUUAUGUAAAAUGGAUACAGUUAAAGUAACCAAAUUAUUUGACAUAGAAUCUUAUACUUUUCUCCAUCAAAUGGUAUCAGAAAUUAUUGGGGAAAGUAAUAAUUCAAAAGAUUUUUCAGAUGCUAUUAUAAAUAUUUUCCCCGGUGGAUCUAUGACAGGUUCUCCUAAACUUAUAUCAAUGGCCAUUUUACAGGAAAUUGAGGAGUUGCCAAGAGGGAUAUAUUCAGGAUCUGUUGGGUUCAUAUCUAUAGAGGGAAAUUUUAUUUUUAACAUAAUUAUAAGAACUGCAAUAAUACAAAACAAUAUUAUUUCAAUUGGAGCUGGAGGAGCUAUUACAGUUAAGAGUGACGAAAAUGCAGAAUACGAUGAAAUGGUGUUAAAAUUUAAGAGCAUAUCAACCCCAAUUUGCUCAUAUUUUAAGGAACGAUAUAAUGCCAAUGUGCAGUAUAUUAUUUAG